AUGUCCUCUUCAGGACGUAUGGCCGUCAGUAUACCGCAGAUUCGAAAGAAGUACAGCGGCAAAACGGCCGGGUCACGACAGCUCAUUGUGAACCAUGGCUUGGAUAUCCUGCGCAACCUACUCCUGGCACUGUUCCUCCUACGAAUCACGCGCAAGACGAUAGUCCAGCUCCGUGGAUAUGGUGUCUUCGGAUCGAUCAAGGUCUUAUACAAGGACGUUUACAGGCGACUGUAUGCCUUGUUCCUCCAGCUGCCGUUUGUACAAGCCAAAGUCCGCGCAGAUGUCACCAAGGCCAUCACAGAACUCGAAAACAAGCUGGUACCAUCAGGGCCCGGCGUGACGAACUUCACAGCCCUCCCUGCGACAGGAUGGACGCCAGAGCAGAUACGGACUGAAUUGGAGAAGCUGGGAGAGAUGAAGCAUACGAGAUGGGAAGAUGGAAGAGUCAGUGGAGCGGUAUAUCAUGGCGGUGCAGAGUUGUCGGAUCUGCAGACUGAAGCGUUCAAGCGCUUCGGUGUGAGCAAUCCCAUCCACCCAGACGUGUUUCCAGGAGUGCGCAAGAUGGAGGCAGAGGUUGUGGCGAUGACGCUUGGUCUAUUCAACGCGCCUGAGACUGGUGCUGGAGUGACGACAAGUGGCGGUACGGAGAGCAUCUUGAUGGCUGUCCUCUCCGCGCGGCAAAAGGCGUACCACGAGCGAGGCGUUCGAGAGCCAGAGAUGAUCCUGCCAAAUACCGCCCAUACGGCUUUCCGCAAAGCUGGCGAAUACUUCAAGAUCAAGAUCCACCUGGUCCCAUGCCCGGAGCCCAGCUAUCGCGUACAUAUACCCACCGUCAGUCGUUUGAUCAACGCGAACACGAUCCUACUUGUCGGCUCUGCACCUAACUUCCCACAUGGCAUUGUUGACGAUAUACCGGCUCUGUCGCGGCUUGCGGUGAAGAACAAACUGCCUCUACACGUCGACUGCUGCUUGGGAUCAUUUGUGAUCGCUUUCCUCGCGAAAUCGGGCUUCCCUUCCCCUGACUUCGAUUUCAAAGUACCUGGCGUUACUUCAAUAAGCGCCGACACUCACAAGUAUGGUUUCGCGCCAAAGGGCAACAGUGUGGUGUUAUAUCGAACAGCAGAGCUGCGCAAAUACCAGUACUACGUCUGCCCAGAGUGGUCUGGCGGCGUGUAUGCAUCGCCAAACAUGGCAGGCUCGAGACCUGGCGCUUUGAUCGCUGGCUGCUGGGCUUCCUUGAUGCGAAUGGGCGAAGAUGGCUACAUCGACACUUGCCUAAAGAUUGUUGGUGCGGCUCAGAAGAUCGAGGACGCUAUUCGAACUUCAGACAAGCUCAAGCACAGCAUCACAGUCAUCGGCAAACCGAUGGUAUCCGUGGUCGCAUUCCGUGCAGCACCAAACAGCAAGACGCCAAGCCUGGCUGUGGACAUCUACGACAUCGCAGAUGGUAUGUCUGCAAAGGGUUGGCAUUUGAACGCCCUUCAGGACCCGGCUGCAAUCCACAUCGCAGUAACGAUACCAAUCGUCAGGGCCGUGGAUCAGUUGCUUCAAGACUUGGAGGAAGUUGUCGAGGCGUGUAAAGGUCAUGCAUCGUCAAGCAAGGGCUCUGCGGCAGCAUUGUACGGCGUGGCGGGAAGUAUACCUGACAAGAGCAUUGUGCGAGAUCUAGCGAACGGUUUCUUGGAUACUCUUUAUAAGACUUAG